AUUUUGCAGCACUACCCCUCCUCCGUCAACUAUUCACACACAAGCAAUUUUAACGCAAAAACAGAAUCAUACCGGGGCCUAGGACUGUCUGGAGUUUGGCAAUUGUGCAAGAGUCUUAGGUAAAGAUGAACUUUUCGUUAGCCAAUGCCAACAAGGAUACAUUGCGGGCAGCAUGCAAAAAAUGCGGCUACGCAGGUCACCUGACCUAUCAGUGCCGGAAUUUUCUCAAGGUGGAUCCGAACAAGGAAAUAUUGCUGGAUGUAGAAAGCACUAGUUCUGACUCGGAAUUGGAUUACUUGACGCCACUGACAGAGUUGCGGGCCGAAGAACUAAAGAGCGGCGAGGCGGCGCCCCCGCCACCUUCGCAAACAACAACAGCUGCAGCGGCGGCAACAACCAAAGCGGCAGCAGCAGCAGCAGCUAAACAAGAUAAGAAACGGAGCAGCACAAAGGCUGCCACGAAGCAAUCGAAAUCAGCGCAUCAUCAUCACAAGAAGCGCAAGAAAAAGCCAAGCAAGAAGAAGCAUAAAAAAAGCGAUGAAUCGAGCAAGAAAACCAAAUCCAAGAAGAGCAGCACCAGCAAGAAAUCAAAGCGUCGUCGCGCUUCCAGCCCUAGCAGCAGCAGCAGCAGCACAUCUUCGACAGACUCGUCUUCAUCUUCCACCUCCUCAUCUGACUCGGACUCGUCGUCGUCUUCCUCCGAUUCCAGUGACAAUGAGGAGUCCAGCACAAGUGAAUCCGAUGAAUAUGGACGUAAAAAGAAGCGUCAGGGUAAAUAUAAACGUAAAGCGGAUACGGCAAUGUUGCGACGCAAGAAAACUAAAGUGAAGCGUAAGCGUCAUCGUGCCGGAGGCUCUACUGGUGGCCCACCAGCCGGCAGCUACCUGAGCAGCCUCAGUGACAGCAGCACCUACUAAUAUACAUAAAUAUGCAUGGAGGCAUUGAUGAUGGAUCCAAAAUAGAUAGAUAGUUGGAGGAACAGAAAAUGGGAACUGCCGGCUGUGUGGUGGCUAAUUCAAGCGCACCCUCUCAUUCCCUAUCUUUCUCUCCCUCUCAAUCUUGAUUUCCAUAUACGCUCUCUCUCGCUCUCACUCUCUCCGUCUCCCUCACUGUCAUAUUUUCCCCUCCUCCUCCUCAUUCUCCACCGCCACCUCUUUUUCACUUUAUUUCAAAAACUAGUUGGAUUUCUACAUGUAGUUUAAGAAAAGAUAAUGCAUUAUUUUAGGCUAGGCCAGUUUUAAAACUUGUCAAUUCUUCAUAAGCUUCGAGUAUGCAGCUUUAUAGUCACUUUGGGAUGACAAAGUGAAACUGAAUAACACACAUUAGCAGCAUCAAUUUUUCUACCCGUAUCCCUAUACACCCCCGCCCUCCACAAAUAGGUGUAGUUCGAAAGUCCGCACAUACAACAACAACAACAACAAAGUCAGGAAUAUAUAGAAAUAUUGACCUUUUACUUUGUCUUCAUUUCUUUUUCCCCCCAUUGAAAAAUGUUCACAGUUCUAUAUAGACAAAAAUCAGAAGACCUCAUAUCAUACAAUCGCUCAGCGAAAAUCUUAGUGCUAAAACAUUUUUUGGCAGGGGAUUUUCAUUUUAAAAACCAUUUUUCAAGAAAGAAAGAAGUGUCUUAUCAUAACGAUACGCAAUUUAUAUUCAGGAAUAGAAUCCUCAUCUCGAGUUCUCGAUAUAUAUAUAGGUUUCUGAACUUUAAAAACACGCAUUGCCCCUUAUAUUAUAUACAUAUAUACAUUAUUUUUUAAAUAAAUUAAAACUCAAAUAUACAUACAUACAUAUAUUCAAUUCUGUUAUGGGCUAAAAGAAUAAUAACUUUUUAGCUUAACGUUUUUUUUUUUGAACACUGCUAAUGGAUUUAACUGAAUGCAAUAUAUAUAUUUGUUAGAUAGUUAGAACUAACUAAAAAUAGUUCAAUUCGAAAACAAAUAAUAAAUAAAUGCGUGACAAACAAUUUGAGAAGCUUAUAAUAUUUUAAGAACUCGAGAAAUACUUUGGAAAACUUACAAAAAUGUCGUUUACUUUCACAUAUAUUCAUUCGUUAUAUACGUAUUAAUAAAAUUCUAUAAAUUUACAUAUAUAUAAUUUAAGAAGACGAAGAAUUAUUGUUAUUUUUUUUAGGUCAAUAAUCAUAAUUCAUUUGAACAUUUUCGAAAAACAAAACAAACAUUUUAAUUUGAAUUUAGAAAAAAAUUGUGAAUAAUUUCGGAAGGAUUGUAGAUUUUCAAUAUUUCAAAAAUUAUAGCUACAUACAUAUGAGUUGUGUAUAUGUAGAGACAAUUUAACUGGAGCAUAUAGUAGUCAUAAUAAGAAUAUAUGGUUCCUAAAUGAAACAAAAAUUCAACGAAAUUCGGUAGAUUCAUAAUUCGUAAUAGUUUUUUGCCGACACAUGAACUGCCACCUGCUGUCCGUGCUCUGCCUCUCCUUAAGAACUCUGCUCACUUCCACACAUUUAGACUUAUCUUUAUAUAUUUUAUAACUUUAAGUUGCCACAAUGACAAAAGAAAUAUAUAUAUAUAUAUAUACAUAAAUAAAUAUAACAAAUUUAUAGUUUGUAUAAUAAAAGAAAA